GGUUUCACAACUGCCCCGGGGCAGGAAAGAUUGCUGAAACCCUGCCAAAGUGGAUGGAGAGCAGAUGCUGGUCUGCGGAUCUCCUACCCCCGGCUGCUCGGCGGAGGGAACCGGGGCCGGCGGAUCGGGAGCUCCGAACUUGGACAGAAAGGGGAAGGGGAGGAGCCAUGGUUCCCUCAGGCCGAUCAAAACAACCUCCGCACUCGGAAACAGGACGUUGCCAGACGGGGGUGGGGUCACGGUUGAAGCGGGGUUUAUAAGGGGUGUUACGGCAGCGAGGGUCACAGACUCCGGCUCCGGUAAGGGUGGCUUUCUGUGGAGUUGGCACUGACUGAGUGACUACUUCCUCGUCGCUGCUCUCUCCUCCCAGGCCCCCCACUGGAACCCAUCCCGGCUGCUUUGACAGACUGCACCCAGCGAUGAGGCGAGGACUGCUUGUGCUACUGGCCGCCGUCCUGGGCAGCCUGUGGGAGAGGUCGCAGGUCGAGGCCUGCAGCUGUGGGCCCGCUCACCCCCAGCAACAUGUCUGCCAAUCCGACGUGGUCGUCAAGGGGAAAGUGGUCUCCUCAGAGCUGAUCAGCGGGGACGGUUCUCAGUGGAUCCGAUAUGAACUCCAACAGCAGAAGGUGUUCAAGGGGCUCGAGAAGAUGAACUCAGUUCAAUAUGUCUACACUCCCUACACAGACUACCUCUGUGGGUUGGUUAUACAGCCAGAAAACCUGAACGAGGAUUUCGUUCUGUCAGGCAAUAUUGACAGCGAUGGGAGGCUCUACGUCACCCUCUGCGGGUUCAACAAGCCGUGGGCACAAGUCACGGCAGCACAGAAAAUGGGACUGAACGGGACGUACGAGGCCAGCUGUGAAUGCGCGAUCAUCAGCUGCCAUGGCCUCCCCUGCAGCCUGACUGCAGACGACCAGUGCCUCUGGACGGAUGGGCUCAUCGCCAGAGACUGGGCAGGCACCCAGGCAAAACGGUUUGCCUGCCAGCCGCGUCGGUCCGGCUUCUGCCACUGGGAGGCGCUGAAGGCACGUUUCAGGAAACGCUCCGCCCGGGCAGAAAGACAUUGAAACCCGACAGCCGGAUCAGGCGGGGGCUUACAGGGUAACCCCCUCUGGCUUGGAGAACACCCACCCCUCUCCGGCCCGCUCAGCUCCCCGGUGACAACCCUUUUCCUGUGCCUGUCUUCAGCUUCCCCCACCGUGGGGGUGAUCAGGUCAGGUGGAAGAGCACAGUGACUGUCAACCCCUCACUGCUGGGCCUCCUCUCGCCUAUAUGCCCCCUGUAGCGUGUAGCCAGCAAACUUUUGAUCUCGCACCUCUCUUCACCGCCCACCCAGCCUGGCUCCCUCUCUCACUGCCAGAUCUCCCUCCCCGCAAUCUCUAGCCCUCUCUGCUCUCCUUCACUCCCUCUCUCUUGAAUCUUCCUCGCCCAAAUUUCCCCCUGUCCAUCACUCCCUCUUGCUCCACCAGUGGGCCAUCUCAAUUCUGCCUCCCUCCCCCUGUCCGCCUCUGUCUCUCUUGUCUCUGACUCUAGAACUUUCACUCACUUUCUCUCUCUGCUUCUGUGUGUGUCUCUCCCUCUCUGACCCCCUUUCUCUUACCCCUCUCUUUUUCUCUCCUGUCUCCCUCUCUCUCUCUCUCUCUCUCUCUGAGACACAGACACACCAACUCCCCCCAGCCAUCUCCACCUCAUUCACUCUCUCUCUCUCUCUCUCUCUCUCUCUCUCCCUCCCUCCCCCCAUCCCGCACUGACACAUUUCUUUCACUGAAAACUCCCCACAUCAAAGAGGACACCCAGCAUCCGGCUUCUUGCAAAA